UCAUUAUUUAUCAUCUUUCAAAGACCAAAAUGAAAAUAUUGUACAGAACAGAUAUAUAAGAUUGUUUCUAUAAAUCUAUGGUGGAAUUCCUCUGAUAUAUUUACUCUGAAAUGUGUUAUUAGCAAAUCUUCUGGACAUCACUGGCUGGAGUGUCUACAAGAUGUGUCUCUUUGCAAAUUAAACUUGGAUAAAUUUACUAACGAGUUUUGGGACAAAGGUAACACUGGACAGAAAUACAGCAGUCGAAAUACUUGCAAACAAAAGACUAUAGAAGUACAAAGAAGAAAACAUAUAUAUAUAUAUAUAUAUAUUUUUUGUGAUUUUCAAAGAAAAAUAAUGGAAAAGAGUGAGAAACCAAAGGAUCUGACUUUUCCAGAAGAUAAAGAAAAAGGGGGACAAAAAUUGUCACAUAACUGUGAUGUCUGUAAAAAGUCCUCUCAAAAGGGUCACUUGAAUAUGCACAAAUGUGUUCAUACAGGGAAGAAGCCAUUUCACUGUGACAUCUGUGGUAAAUCAUUCUCUCAAAAUAAUAACUUGACUACACACAAACGUCUUCAUACAGGAGAGAAGCCUUAUCACUGUGAUGUCUGUGGUACAUCAUUCUCCGACCAAAGCAUUUUGACUACUCACAUACGUAUUCAUACAGGAGAGAAGCCAUUUCAUUGCGACAUCUGUGGUAAAUCAUUCACGCAUCGUAGUGGUAUAACUUAUCACAAACGUAUUCAUACAAGAGAGAAGCCUUAUCACUUGUGAUGUCUGUAGUAUCUCAUUCUCUGACCGAAGCGCUUUAUAUUAUCACAGGCGCAGGAGUGGCUGUGUGGUAAGUAGCUUGUUUACCAACCACAUGGUACCGGGUUCAGUCCCACUGCGUGGCACCUUGGGCAAGUGUCUUCUACUAUAGCCUCGGGCCGACC